GGGAAAUAUAAUACUUCACCACUUGGCAUGUAUUAUCAUGUUAAUAUCAGUGUGUUAUAUAACAAUGUUCAGUGAAAUAUGUCUUUAUCAUAUCAAUCAGAAAUGUCAAAAAUAUUUCUUCCUUUUUUCUCAUUCACUGCGGUCCAGUUAGUUAAACAGACGAGGAGUUCCGCAUAAAUAUUUGCAUCGAGAUAGCGUUGUUAUAUCAAGUGUAUUUUUGGCACCUAUGACUUAUGACCGAUUUUUACCUUACUUUAUAUGACUGCAUAGCACCAUGAGUGAUAAUAGAAGAAAAAGAUACAAUCCAGGGCAGCGCUCGCGGCCAGAUAACAACGAGAACAUCCACAGAAACUCAUCUGCCCCUUUGCGGGGAUCCAGUCGGAAUAGCAAUUCACAAUUCAGCCAUCAGAACGUGACUAGAAUGAAUAGUUACGACCAUGUUCGUAAAAUUGUUCAGGAGGAAGGAAGGACUGCUAGAAAUUUAGUCAUCUACAACGUCCCUGUCCGACAACACACAGAAUAUUACAACAAGAGGCCAUUAAAAGAUCAGAUUCAACAGAAGAAUUCCCGAAGUAAAUCACGAUCUGUGUCUGAAUAUGACUCCAAGAGUUUCCAGGAUCUGACAAAGUCCCCAAAAUCUGAUUCUGGAACAAAGAAAACUGACCGCAGAGCUCGCUACUGGAAGUUUCUGUUCGACAAUCUACAGCGAGCUGUAGACGCAAUUUAUGAUACGUGUGAGACAGAUGAAAGUGUUGUAGAAUGCAAGGAAGUGAUCAUGAUGCUGGACAACAGCACCCGUGAUUUCAAGUCCCUGAUUGAGCGGCUCCACACAAUGAAGGCUUAUGAGGAUGCCACAAAAGAGGGGGACAGGCCAACAUCAAUAGCGUGGGAAGUAAGGAAGAUGUCUCCAGGGAAGACCACCAGUCAAGGACAGGGACCAGCUAAUACUCCAACAAGCCCUGCCCAGCGUGUGCUACAGUUCACAGACCAAAAUAAAACCGAAGCAGAGGGUAAGGGAGAUGGCAAUAGCUGGGCUGAUAAGGUACGAGGUAAAACCAGCCAUACCUCUCCCCAGAUGGAGGGGUUCAGCACUCCAACCCCAGGCUCUCCACAGAUACAAAGUUCCAACUCUCCUGUGUCCCCAGGGCCGGUCCUACCUUCCCCACCCCCAAAACAGAAUGGACACAUGGACGAUGUGGACACAGAUGGCAGUACUACCAUAGAAGAUGACAAUGAGGGCUGGGAAACUGUACAAAGACCAGCUAAAGGACGUGUCAGAAACUCCCCCUCCCAGAGGUCACUAGAGAAUCUGUCAGGGGUCGGGAAAUCGCCUGCCAAACUUCAGCGAACUUAUUCAGACCCCCACACAGGAGGACAGAGGAGACCUCCAUGGAAUCAUGGGGGAGGAAAAGGAAGGACCCCACCACAGAAGACUGUGUUCCGGUCCUCCCAGGGGGAUGGACGGGACAGCGAGAAAGAGAACCGCCCCCAGACUCUGACACUGACCAAAUCAAGACUCGAUUCCAGCAGAAGUGGUUCUACUGGAUCGCUAAGUAAGCCCACAAUAUCCUACAGUAGUACUGUCCAGAGUAGUCGAUCUCCACCUACUAUACAAAGAAAAUCUCCGUCCACAGUACCAACCAAGCAGGCCAGGCUUGAUGGGAGGGAGGUGAAUUCUAAGCCCGAGGUGUUCCCCCCAGAGGUGAAGGAGGAAGUGCUGGUGAAUAAAACUGAAGAGGGGGGCAAGGCCGUGUCACCGGUUAUGGAGGAAUCUGCUACAGAGGAUGAAGAGGCUAUGGUCAUUGAUAAGGCACUGGUCAAUGCAAUGGAGGAGGAAGAGGAACUGACCAAUCAGCUGGAGGAGGAACAGCAGCAAGCACUUCAGACCGCAAUAGAGGAGGAAGAGACCUGGCUGAAGGAGCUUGCCCGCGAGGAGAACACCGUCAUUGAUGUGGAAACUGAGACGGAGACAGAAAAUGAACUCGGGAACACUAUGAGUUCUCUGGAAUCCUCCCAGCCUUCAAUGGAUUGGGACACAUUGUGUGCUCAGUAUGAAGCACAGUCAGACAGCGAAAAAAACAAGUCGUGGGGAGAGAUGGUGGAAGAAGAUGAACAGGAAGCCAGAACCCCGGGGCAUGCUGUGCACAUGCAUGAAAAACUGUCCUCACCCUCCAGAAAAAGGUCCCCAACAGAAUCUAGAAAGAGACAUGAACAAAAACAGGCCAAAGCUCGGGAACUGAGAGAGAAAUUGAUGCAGGAUAAAGCCGAGAGGCUGAAAGAGAUCUCAAAAAAGGUGGAGGAGGUGCGGGCAUGGAAGGAGGAACUGUUACAGGAGAGGAAAGGCACCAUACAGCGGAAACUAGAGAAGGCGGAGGAGAGACGUCAGCUUCAGAUGAAGAUCAAGGCUCAAAAGGCACAUGAAGAGGAGGCUAAGGGCAAAGAAAUUGAAUUCAUCAACACACUGGAGGCCCAGAACAAAAGGCAUGAAAUAAUGUCCAAGCACCAGGUGUCAGAGGCUCGGCUACAAGACAUACAGGAUGAGAGGCAGCGACGCCAUGAGGAGAAGUUAGCAAAGGAAGCUGCAGUGGAGGAGCGGAGGAAAGCUUUAGAGGCAGACAGACAGGCCAGGCUGAAGGAAAUGGAGGAAAAGAGGAAACAGAGGUCUGCUCGGGCAGAACAGCAACAACUGGAGCGCGAAAAGGAGAGGCUGGAGAACAUCAGGGCUAAAGAAAGAGAAAGAGAAGAGAGACUAGCCGUGCUGAAUGCACAACACCAGCAGCACAUACAGGAACUGCAGAAGAAAAUACAGCAAAAGCAAGAUGAGACGAGUCAGCGUCACCAGGAAAAUUUGCAACAAAUCCGCGAGAAGGCCUUCGAGAUGAGUAUACUGAAACACUCCACCGAGGAACACAACGAGGCCCCAAAUGUUGUACCCUACGAUCACAAGAAGCUGUGUAUUAUCUGUAAUGUACUGAUAACCUCAGAAGUUUACUUGCUGAGUCAUCUGCGAGGAAAGAAACACCAACAGGCACUACAUGACAACAACUCAGGGAAAGCCAUGUCUAAACAAGAAAUUGAAAACUUUAAUCUUAAACAUAUUGUGAAUGCUCCAAGUAACAGCACACACCCCAAGAUUGUGUCUGAGAAAGAGAGACACAAGUCCAUGAAGAAACGGGCAAAAAAACUACGGCAGAGAAUGACUACACGAGGACAUGAGUAUGAGAAUUCUUUAUCCCAGAAACAGCAGCAGGCUGAGUCAGGACACAAAGCAAAAAUUCACAAGAUAGUCCGGGACAUUAACAAAUAUCUGCAGACCCAGGACUCUGGCCCCUGGCCCCAAAAUAAAGUGUCUGCCCUGGACCGAGCCCUAGGAGAAAUCAGCAGAAUUCUGGAUAAAAAGAGUGGACAGGAUCAGACAGCCCUGCGAGUCCUCGGUGGCCUGUCCAGUCUCUGUCGACUUCUCAAUGUGUUGGACAAUUCCACACCUGACCUGCCACCUGUUAUCCCGCCAAAAACCUUGACAUUAACCAGCAAUGUGUGCAGACAGGCAUGUAAGAGUAACUAUGACAACUGUCAUUACAUUUUGCUUACCAACAAGACUGGAGUCAUCACAGAUCUACUUAUACAGAGACUAAGUUUCUUAUUACCAGACACUCAGUCUCGCCCAGGGUCUGGUCUUUCAACAAGCAGUACACAGUCGACAGGAAGUGGGGCCGGUAACAAACUCCCGUACGAUGCCUUCGCUCUCAGUCUGAUGCAACUCAUGUCGACAGUUUUGUCCUGUCUUGCCAAAAAUAGCCCCUUAUCUAAUGUAAGCGAGGCAUCGGCUGAGAGAAUGAGUGGUACUGUGGACACCGUAUCCAGCAGGGGGAAUGAUCUGAUUAGUUACAUCGUUAGUGUGGGGAUUGUGGACAAGCUGACACAGUAUUUCCGUAAAGUUCAGGGUCCGAUUGAUGACGAUAGAGAUGGGGCAGAGUUCUUACAGCAUUGUCUAGGGCUUUUAGUAGCCAUGACAAAGGUUAUGUCUAAACGGAUUGCUGCUAUUUUUGAGAAAAAGAAACUUGAGGACCCAACUCAACUGAUCAGUACGUACGAAGCAACAGAGCUUGUGGGCAUCGUGUCCCUGCUGUACGGCAUGCUGCUUCACUCAGGGGCUCCCAGCAGAGGUGAACUCUCACCCCCUGAGUUACCCCAGCACACUUUGGCUGUCAUACUAACAGGGAUAAAGAUGUUGAACAAUAUGGCCACAUUCAGCUUGGAGAUGCUUCAGAAAGCACUAGGAGAAGAAGGGAUGUCCCUAGAGUUCAGACACAUAGCCAGCUACCUGAUGUGGUACUGCAGCAGACUGCCCUGUGAGGAACUGCUUCAUGAAGUUAUUCUUUGUGUUGGGUACUUCACCAUACUCAACCCAGAAAACCAGAUUGUUAUCCAGUCUGGCCAGUCCCCUACAGUUCUGCAACAGAUGUGUUCCUUACCGUUCCAGUAUUUCAGUGACCCUCGUCUGACCGGGGUCCUGUUCCCCACCCUCAUUGCCUGCUGCUACAACAACAAGUCUAACACAGCUAUACUGGAACAGGAGCUUAGUUGUGCACUGCUGUCAAACUUCAUAGAGGAGAAGAUUUUGGAAGCUCAGGCCAAAUCAACAGUUAGUUCUUCUACGUCCAAGAAAGUUCCAGAGAAGGAUUGUGGUGAUCAGAGGAUGUCCCUACUGGCACGGUUUCCACAAGAACAGCUGACUGCUGCCCAGGAGUACUUCAAGGUCGGGUCAGCUUAGAUAGGUCAUUGUCACCUGGGGACUGAUGGCCAUCCAAGAUGUGUUAGCCUCGAGUUUACAUGUAUAAGUAAAUUUAUGAUGGAGGAAACUGUAUAUAUCUAGGGACCAUUUACAUGCACUGUUUGAGAAUUUUGUGGAAAAUGUGUGUUCAUUUAAACCUUUUUUUAUUUCAUUUCCUUAUUUUUGUGUAUUAUAUGUGUAUGAUUCCGUCCCAACUUAUGCAAAUCCAUUUUUUUUUUUUUUUUGUUCAAGUUUUUACUUAGUCCAUAUUGCAUUGAUUUUUAACAUGCUUACUUAUGAAUGUUUAUUUGCAAAUUUUUGUUGGAAUAUGUUUAAAAAAUUUGUGUAUUUGUAAAAUCCACAUACACAUAUUUUAAGUUGAAAACUUGCAUUUUAUUUUCUGUAAUUCAUUGUGCAUCAUUUUCAUUCUGGCUGUGUUGCCUAUACAUAUCAAUUGUCUGUUCAUCUAUUUGAUAGAUUUGCAUGUAAAAAGUAAAGAAUUCUAGUAUUUUAUGUAUUAGCAGUAGUUUGUUUUUCAUUUUGUGAUUUUUCUUAAGUCAAUGAUUAGUUAUGUUUAUACACAAAAAUGUAUCUGUAGAUCUGAAGAAGUGAUACUGGAGGUGGAAUACAUUGUGAUCAUGUAAAGAAGUCUCAGAACAAAUUGGAUGAUAUUUGUACAAACACCUGAACAUGUCUGUGAUACAGAGACACAUUCUACAUUGUGUUAAUUAAGCACUGUGUGACUGUGUGUACUCAUAAUGAUCGGUUAUUUGGACUUUGAAUGUGAUGCGUGUCUGUUAAAGAUGUAUAAAAGUGUGAACAUUUUUGGAUAAGCUUGUGUUGUCUAUUUUUUAAUCUAUAAAAAGUAUUAAUUUUG